CUGGAUGCUUCAACAGCCUGACAGUGACAGUAUGAUCUGCUAUUUUGCUCUAGGAAAUUUCAUCGUCCUGGUGGCAGAGCAUGGGCGGACCCAGGGCCCGGCGUCGGCGACCCUGGGCGCCUGCCCGGGCUCCGGCAUGGUGACUGCAAAGAGGCACGCAGAACAUGCAAGAAUCAAGCUACUGAAAUCGGCUGCCCGUGCACCAGCAGCCGAAGGGACGCAGCAGAGGACGAACAGAGGAGCGCCUGUGAUUGAUCCAACUAUUCCUCGUAGGCCAGGAUAUCAGAUAGAUGAUGCGAACAGAGAAAGGGGAAGAGCGUCCAACGCUCCGCGGACGCCGAGGCCGUGGGCGAUUAAUUAUGCAACAGCGCGCGUCGGUGUCAGACAGGUCCAGCGGAUGGGGCGAGGUGCAGUGGGGUUGAUGCAGUCCGUCUAGUCGUUCAACUACAGGCCGACGACCACGG